AUGAUGAACCGAAUUCUGUCCUUUCUAUCACUUACACUACAAUUACACUCCAAUUUCAGCACAAACCUAGCUCAGUCCCCCGCAGCAUCCCCGACAGCUCUCCCAGUACCAUCUGCACCGCCCCCAUUUUCGAUUGCAACAUCCCCGGCACCGUCCCCAGUACCGAAUGGUCCGCCCAACAUCACCCAAAUCCUCGAAAAUGCAGGUAACUUUACGACCUUUAUCGGCCUUCUGAAAAGUACCCAUGUGGAUGAUCAGAUCAAUUCCCAGCUCAAGGACUCGAGCAAUGGCCUAACCGUAUUUGCACCGUCCGAUGACGCGUUUUCGAACCUCGACCCCGGCACUAUCAAAUCUCUCAGUGAUCUACAGCAGGCCGAGCUCGUGCGAUUUCAUUUCGUACCUACCUAUCUCUCCACAACACAGUUCCAAAAUGUGACCACCUCUGGCAACCAAGUGAACGUGUCUACGGCUGUUAUGAACUCUAAUGUAUCUACCCCAAUCUAUACGGACAACCAGAUUGCUGUGUAUCAGGUGGACUAUGUGCUUCCUCCUUGGAACAUUUUCGCUUCUCCGGCACCUGCACCGGAACUGGUACCAGCACCAGCACCGCUAAAACUGAGGAAGAAGAAGAAUAUGACACUGACACUGACACCGGCACCGGAACCGGCACCAAUCUCCAGUGACGGUGCAGUUAGUCUCACCAUGCAUGGAAUGGUGACAGUUGGAGUUGCUGUGGUUGCAGCAUCAUUUCUUGUGUGA